CAUUGAUCUUAAAGGGCAUUUUGGUACAAACAACAUCAUCGUCAUCAAUCAUGUGCGAGAUACACAAAAAUAAAAACAACAGUCGAAUAAAAAACAAGAGAAUCAAACAACAAAGAAAUGGGAACUGUUAGUAACAUUGGUUUCUCUUCCGUAUUCAGAGUUUCUUUGAACACAGAGGUGGUUUCAAAGCAGAGGAAACACAAAUCAUCAUGCAGUUUUAGGAUUCCUCUGAACAAAAUCUGUUGUAAACUAUCAGAAAGUGGGAUUGAAGAGAGUCCUAUCACCAAAAAGGUAUCUACUAAAUCUAAGGAUAUGAUGGAAGAAUACAAUAUAGCUAUGAAGAGCAUGAUGAGGAAUCCUUAUGAGUAUCAUCAUGAUCUGGGUAUGAAUUAUACAGUUAUAACUGACAAUUUGAUUGUGGGGUCUCAACCACAGAAGCCUGAAGAUGUAGAUCAUCUUAAGAAUGAAGAAGGUGUGGCAUACAUUCUAAACUUGCAACAGGAUAAAGAUGCUGAGUUUUGGGGAAUAGACUUGCAGUCGAUAAUAAAAAGGUGUCGCGAAGUUGAAAUUCGGCACAUGAGGAGACCUGCAGUAGAUUUUGAUCCAAACUCUUUGCGAAGUGCACUACCUAAAGCAGUUUCAUCUUUGGAAUGGGCGAUUUCUGAGGGAAAAGGAAAAGUUUAUGUGCAUUGUACUGCAGGACUUGGAAGAGCUCCCGCAGUAGCAAUAUCUUAUUUGUUCUGGUUUUGUGACAUGAAUCUAAAUGAAGCAUAUGAUAUGCUAACUUCAAAGAGACCUUGCGGACCGAAUAAAAAAGCGAUACGUGGAGCUACUUAUGAUCUGGCUAAGAAUGAUCCAUGGAAGGAGCCGUUUGAGAGUCUUCCAGACCAUGCUUUUGGGGAUAUAGCAGACUGGGAGAGGAACCUGAUUCAAAAUGGUGUCCGCGCUCUUCGUGGAACUUGACAUAUUAGGUUAAUGCUUAUGGAGAUUCCUACACAAGUUGUUGUCCUUAAUAGGAUUGGCAUAUUUAUACAGAUUUAUAGGCAUAUUGCCUGUAACUCUGUAACUGGUACAAAAUAUUCUGUGUAAUAUUAUUGAUUGGCAAAUAAAUCAACUCUGUGGCUUAUGUACCAUGAUUGUAGACUGUAGAUUUAGUAAAUAAUAUUUGAGUAUUCCUCUUC